AGGGCCUCCGGGAUCGCGCCUGGCAGAUGUGGCGGUGGUCCCGACAGGUGUGACUGGAGGCACCCCAGAGGUGCUUUCUACGCCACUCUUCUUGGAUAUUGAGUAUUACUUGGAGCGACAGGUCGCCCCGGCGCUCCAUCGCCUCUUCAUGCUCGUCCGAGGCCCCAACGGUCAGCAGGGCUACGUGGACGUCCGCCGUUGGAUCGCUGCCGGCUAUCGCCCGAAGCGCAGGGAUGUGGCGGCAGUUCUGAGCUCUGCACAGCGCGACGCGCUGGGCAUGGCCAAAGGGCCAGUUUGUGUGGCCUGUGGGCAAAGAGGUUCGCUGAACAAUUUCAUUUGCAGCGCCUGUCAAGAGGGAGACGCUGUGCCACGCUUGCUGACCAGCAUGUCACAUCGGCAAUUCUGGGAGCGACGACUUCAAGUGUGUCGCGAAGAGUGCCUUCGCUGCACGGGCUCCUUCGACAUUGAAGCCGACUGCCGAAGCAUCUACUGCGAGAACUUCUUCCGCAAGGCGAACGCGGAGGUGCAACUGAGAGCCUGUGUGGCUCCGACUUGGCCGACCUCCUUAGAGUCCUUCGAGUGGUGACCGGUGAAAUCUGGCCCCCCCCCCCCGGGCGUCGGUUGGUCGACAUGCCCAGAUUCAGGUGUCCAAAAA